AUGUCCCGCCGUCCUCUAGCCUUGAUCAUACUCACAGCUCCAGAUCGUCCUCUCCCUCGGGGAUCUCAUCUUCUCGAAAGCAGUCUCUCUCGAACGACGGACCUCUCAACCCUGCCACCACCCCACGGCCUACUCCUCAUAGCCGCUCCUACUCUGUCUCCUCCGCUUUCGACUUUGCGUCGAACCUCUUUCCCCCUCUCGUCAACCGCUGCUGGCUACUCAGUGCUGGGGGGGCCGGGCUCUGGACCUGUCGACCUCAACGGCGCGUCACUCGAGAAACACAAAUCCCUCACCUAUCUCAAUGGGCUUUCCCUCAUCGUUGGCCUGAUCAUUGGCUCGGGUAUUUUCUCCUCACCCGCCCAAGUCAACAUCAACGCAGGAUCGUAUGGCGCGUCGUUGAUUGUUUGGGCAGUAGCUGGGAUACUGGCAUGGACAGGCGCCGCAAGCUACGCAGAACUGGGAGGAGCAAUACCCCUCAAUGGCGGAGCACAGAUAUAUCUGUCAAAGAUCUUCGGAGACUGGGCUGGGUUCUUGUUCACAUGGAGUGCGGUUUUCGUCCUGAAACCUGGUUCCGCAGCCAUCAUCGCCAUCAUCUUUGGCGAGUACGUAGUCCGGGCGGCUGUUGGACCGGAUGCUGAGAACGCGAGCGCGUGGAUCAACAAGGGCGUUGCAUUGGCCGGCUUGACUGCGAUCACCAUUCUCAACUGUCUUUCGACGAGGCUAGCCACACGGAUGGGCGAUGUCUUCAUGUUCUUCAAGUUCGUUGCCCUCCUUGGUAUCACUAUUACUGGCAUCGUCGUUGCAGCGACUGGCUUUACGUGGAAAGGGGCACCGAAUACCGAGUGGAAGACGACCGGUUGGUUUGAUGGGACGAGUACAGAUCCAUCCAGAUGGGCUGUGGCUAUCUACGCUGGUCUGUGGGCCUUCGAUGGUUGGGACAAUACAAACUACGUGGUGGGAGAGUUCCUGCAUCCUGCCCGUGACCUACCUCGGGUCAUCCACACUGCCAUGCCGCUCGUCAUCCUCUCCUAUCUCCUCGCCAGUGUCGCUUAUAUCUUUGUCCUUCCCACAUCUAUCAUCUCUUCCUCUAACACGAUAGCCGUGCAAUUCGGGUCUGUCGUCUUCGGACCCGUCGGCUCUCUCGUUCUCGCUCUCAUCGUCUCCGGAUCGUGCAUUGGGGCCCUGAACGCCACGACGUUCACCAGUGGCCGUCUUGUUUAUGCAGCAGGCAAAGAAGGUUUUCUGCCUGGACUACUAGGGCACAUCGGCAUGCCUGGCUCCUCUCAAUCUCAUAACCGAUUACAAAGGAGGUCGUGGGUUAGUCGAACAGUCACACGUUUGAUCGGUGACGAAGAGGGCGGAAUAGGCUUCACACCAAUAAAUGCGAUGCUAUUUAAUGCGCUUCUCACUGGCACCUACAUCGUUGUUGGCGAAUUCGGCACCUUGAUAACCUUCUACGGUGUGGCAGGCUACACGUUCUAUUUCAUAACCGUGCUCGGUCUCAUUGUCUUACGAGUACGGGAGCCAUAUCUGGAGCGACCAUACAGGACGUGGAUAUCUACGCCCAUCAUCUUCUGUUGUGUGAGUUUGUUCUUGCUGAGUAGGGCAGUCUUUGCGAAGCCAGGACAGACAGUGGUGGUGGUAGCAUUUGUUGCGGCCGGUGUGCCGGUCUAUUUCUGGAGGGUCAAGGGAAGGGGCAGGAGAACUAAGGGGGAGGAGAGAGAUUGGAAAUUCUGGAGGAGGUGGGGUAGGAGCGGUUAA